CAGUUGACGUUGAAUGUUUCGUCUUGGCGGUCGCUUAAUUUAUCGCUGGCCCAAAAGUACACCCACGGAGAUCCCAGAUCCCACGAACACUCUGCUCUGAAGAUUCUCUCCGGUCUAUUCUUUCCCUUGGAUAGAUCGUUCGAACGUAAUUUUGUUUUUUUGUGGUGUCACCAUUAUCUGUUUGCUGUGUCUGUGAUUAUGUGCCAGAGUGCCGAGAAGAAGUUCUAAGCGAAAGUUUGAAGCGAUCAGCGAUCAGCGAUCCUCGACAGGAUGAUGCACCUGCCGCAACUGUUUCUGCUGCUGGCCCUGGGCCUGCGCCUGCCCAGCCACAGCCUGGCCCUGGAUGGGCCGGGGGUGGUGCAGCCCACCUGCAGCCUGAAGGAUAACUGCAAUCUGGGCGACAAUCUGCUGCGGCCAGCCACCGGCCACGGCUCGGAGGGCGGGGAUGCCUCCGCGGACAAGCUGGAGAGCAAAAUCGCCUCGAUAUUCGAGGACAAAGUGAACUACAGCCUCAAGCUGUUCGCGGACGACGCCGUGCUGGAGUACCAGGCGGGCAAUCUCAGCGAGCUGCACACCAACUUUACGCUGCCCCAGCUGGAGACGAGGCAGCCCCGCGACAAAGACAGCCACGAACACGAUGAUGGGGAUGAUCAGGUGGAGGAGGAUGAACGCGCAUAUCUGCACAACAUUGGGAAGCGCUUUUUGGCCAUCACACAGCCAUUCGAUCCGGCCAGACAUCCAGAUGCUUCGACCCUGUGCCGCCGGCAGAUGCGCCAGUACCUGGACGCCUUGGACAACUUUGAUUUGUGGGCCCUGAAGAUGCACGAUUCUAGCGGCAGAUUAAACUCCGGAAUACUGAAUGGCAACAUCAACCAGCCGGGCGACUUUGACCAGUGCCUGGGCAUCCAGCAGCGGAUGCACAGCGAGGACCCGCUCAGAGAUGAGGAAACAGUCUUGCGGGGACAGUACUGCCUGGCCUAUGCGCAGCCAGUGCUGCCGCACAAGUCCAAGCGUCUGCAGACCUUCUUCAAGCUGAUCCAGUCGCAUGGACCCUUCAAGAGCGAGUUUAACGAUCCCGGACAUCGUGUGCCCCGCUACUCGCUUAUCAACUGGGGACUGUGCGUGCCGUCCGGCUGCUCCGCCCGGGAUGUGGAGUACACCGUGGCCGAGUACCUGAGCAACCAGACGGCAGCCACGGGCAUCAGCUUCAAUGUGCGCGUCGAGCCGCAGAUGUGCCAGGUGCGCGAUCAGCAGCCUUGGGACCGGAACACCACAUGGGCCGUGCGCUUCUUUGUGCUCGUCCUGUCCGUGGCCAUCCUCGCCACCAUCUACGAUCGCUCCACCAAAACGCAGCCGAAGCAAAAUGCUUGGUGUACGGCGUUCUCGCUGGACAAGAAUCUCCGAUGGCUGUUCAGCACCAGCAGCGCCCCCGGCGACAUUGAGGCGGUCCAUGGCAUUCGCUUCCUGAAUGCCAUCAUGCUGAUCUUCUCGCACAAGUCGAUGGCGAUGUUCUUCAACCCGUACAACAACCGCACGGCCAUGUCCGAGAGUCUGGGCCAGCCGUGGACGGUGAUCGGGCGCGCCGCCUCCCUCUACACGGACCCCUUCCUGCUCUUCAGCGGCAUGCUCACAUCCUACUCGCUGUUCGGCAGGCUCAUGAAACGUCAGCCCAUCCGCCUGAAGAACGAGUACAUCAGCCGACUAAUGCGCAUUGUUCCGCCUCUGGCUGCGCUGAUACUGUUCUGCACCUACGUGCUGCCGCUGUGGGGCUCGGGUCCGCAGUGGAACCUCGUGGUGGGCCACCAUGCCGACAUCUGCAAGAAGAACUGGUGGCGCAAUCUGCUCUUCAUCCACAACUACUUUGGCUUCAGCGAGAUGUGCCUGACGCACACGCACCACCUGGGCAUCGACACCGAGCUCUUUGCCGUGGCGCCCAUCCUCAUUCUGGGCCUCUGGCGCUGGCCACGUCGUGGCCUCUUCACACUGCUGCUGCUCUGCACAGUGGGAACGGCGGCCCGCUACUACACAACGAUCGUGAACCAACUGUCCAACUAUAUUUACUUUGGCACCAACAUUCAGCGCCUGUUCCGCACUGCCGACUACAUGUACUCCUUCCCGCCGCACCGCUCUACGGUCUACAUCAUGGGCAUCCUGCUGGGCUACGUCCUGCGCAAGUAUCAAUCUGCCAAGCUGAGCAGCCUGCAGCUGCGUCUGGGAUGGACUGCGGCCACGGUCUGUGUGCUGGCCUCGGUGCUGGGCCCCGCGCCCAUGGGCGACAUCAACUACGUCUACAACUCGACGCACGCGGCCAUCUACGCGGCCUUCGCCCCGAUUGCCUGGUGCCUGUUCUUCUCCUGGAUCGUCUUUGUCUCGCACAAUGGCUACACGAAUAAACUGACGAGGCUGUUUGCCUGGCGCGGCUUCCAGGUGUCCACAAAGCUGUCGUAUGCCAUCUACCUGACGCAGUUCCCCGUCUUCUUCUACAACGUCGGCCGAAGGCGUCACAUUCAUCACUAUUACAACUUUGUUUCGAUCAUUCUCGACACCAACGAAUUCAUAUCGAUAUUCCUGGCCUCUGUGGCCCUGACGGUGCUCUUCGAUGCGCCCUUCCAGAACCUCAAGAAGCUGCUCAUCAAGCGGCCCGCCCCCAGCUCCGCCAAUGGCACCGCCAAGGUCAAGGCGCUGCCGGGAGCAGCAGUAGCAGAACAGUCGGGGAUAGCGAACACGCCCACAGCUACGCCGCCCAGCACUGCCCUCCAUCCGCACCCACACUCCGAAUAGUCUGGAAACAAACAUUCAUAGCUGUAAAUUGUAAAUGUCCCUUUUUAGCAUUUAGUGGCAAUACGUUUAGAUAUUCUACCCCACCCCCAGACCCACUCUCCCUCCGCAUAACCACGCCCAAGCGCAUACCGUCCACCGUCCAUUCCCAACCCAUCAUACGGCUCCCACACGCGACACCGAUUCCCCCCGCCCUUAGUCAUAGUGGAACGCUUUAUACAUUGUAAAUUCUACUAUUAGUCAAAUCGAGCGACGAAUAAGAAACGUUUCGUAGUCAUAAACCAAUCAAUCACUGCUUCUUGUACGAUAUUAUCUUGCUUCCAUAAACCGGGUCCACGCAGUGGUCAGCGCACUGGACAGCUACGGGCUCCAUCCCAGACUGCGGCUGUGGGACCCUUGUUUCUUAGAUUACUUACUUACGUUACCUUAAGCGAGGUCGAAUGUCAGCUUUUUUUUAUAUUCUAAUUUAAUGAAUAAAAUGUAUUAAUAUGUUGAAA